AUGGCUAGCUCAGAGAAAAUUGGAGCCACGGACGAGGAGAAGAUAGUCGAUGCAUACGCUCAAGCCGAAGUGUUCCUCCAUGAAGGUGAUUACGUGAAGGUGUUGGAGAUAACAGAAGCAACCAUCUCCGUUCACGGCGCGAAUCCAUCAUGCUAUCGCCACCAUCUUCUCCAAGGCGACGUGUUCUUUGAAUUGGCGAGCGUAGCGGAUGGUAACGAACUCAAAACUGUGUACCUGUUUGCGUGCGUUGAUGCUUACUCGGUUUCAAGUCGUCUCUGUCCGGAAUCUGUACGAUCCUUCCACGGGUGUUCUCUUUCCCUUAUUGAGUUGGGUGAUAGGCUUGGGCUAAGCAAGUUCUAUGAGAAAGCUCAUUCCAAGGCUAAGCUAGGGCUAGGAUUGUGCAUGAAGAUCCUUGAACCUCAAGGAAUAGAAGAUGAUUUGCAGUCAAAAAUUGAGGCUGCAAAUAACGCUAUGGUUGUGCAUGAUACAACUAGCGUGGAUGAUCAAACACAAGAACAGGGGAAGGGAGAGGCUGAUGUUGAUCUAUUGAAGAAGUUGUGGAGUAAGCUGGAUGAGAAAAGCAAAAGAGACUUGUUGGUUGUGGACAGUAGAGGUUUUGUGGAUUAUAUACAGUCUGUCCAUGCCAAGACAAAGGCUGAGAGAAGACACUUUUCCGAGUGUUUGUGCAUCGACGAUACUCUUCGGUGGAGAAAGUGGAAAUGCCGCAUCUGUCCACAAGUCAAUUACUGCUUGGUAGACUGUACAUGGCACAUUCUAGAGACGCAUGUCCAAAAGUUUCAACCUCGAAGCAGUUCCCGUCCUAGGCGUUUGGAUGAGUGUUUUGCUAGCAUGAUACGAAGAGCUUGUGAUUGGCCUAUAGCGACUGAUGAGACGCGGAAAGACAUGCUCAGACAGUUGGGUCAUGUUCUCAAAGAUUAUUCUGAAAACGAUAUUAUGCCACACAGCGUUUGGGAUUGGUUGAUGGUUUAUACAGAGGAGAAUGUGAAACUGCCUCAAGUUCCUGGGGACUACCUUGAAAAAUGCAAAUUCUUCAAGAGCCCUCAAUGUCUCUGCUUUCUAGAAGAGAAGAACAUUGAAUACCUUCUGGAAUAUGUUAGAGAGCUAAGCACAGAUCUUCGUGCAGGUUUGGUUUCGAAAGUGGUUGAUGGGUUAUGGGUAAAGUCGCUGGUGAAGGAAAGAAUCGAUAUUCAGAGAGUUAGUUUUAAUCUGCUUCUAGAUGAGAGGCUACUGUUUGAAGGAGAGCAUCGUGAUUAUGAUGACGUAGGGACAGUAAAGACUUUCAAGUCCAGUGGAAUUUAUAACCAUGUGAUACCUAAGGGUGAUGAGAUUGUCUCUUGGCUUCUAGACUGCCCACCAAUCGAUGCAGAGUUCGUGUCCCAAGUGGCAGAGGGUACACAGAAUCUUGAAAUAUGGUUAGCAGCAUUGAGAAUAGUGCGUUCCACAGCUAGGAAAGAAGAAAGCUACUACACUAAGAGAGACAAGCUGCUAACGUAUGAUAAGAUGUUGGGUGAAGCUGAAGCCCUUUGUGACAAAGAAGACAAGUGGAGGAAUGCUUAUCAGAGGAGCAGAUAUGCGUUGGUGCUUAGACGUAAGUGUGAGAAGCGUUGUUUUGUCAGUGUGGUAAAGGAUAUUCUUGAAGGAGCUGCUACUCCAAGAUUUGGAGAAUUAGAUGACAAAGAAUUCACGGAUGGUACAUCCGAGCUCUUUACUACUGUACAGAAUGAUGCAGUCAGAAGAAAUCUGUGGAAGCUCAGAAACUCACUUAACAAGAAGGUCAUUUCCAUUGAUGCGAAGAUUUUGCUGAACGAGUGGACGUACAAGAAGCUACACGAAUUUGCAAGACUAUCAGUCAUCGAGAACCGUUUAGUUGUUAUUCCAUUUGUAAAGCUCUAUUUGCAGGAUAAAUUGAAGCGUUUGCUGAAAACGCAUAAGAGAAAACGCAUAAGAGAAAACGCAUAAGAGAUAAACUUUUGGAGACUCAUUUUCUUAAGUAUCUCUGUGAACAGACUUUUAAGAAAAUGCGGUAGUGUUGUGGAAUUAUAAUUCAAUAGACACAUCAACUACUAC